AUGGAAGAAGAAGAUGACGUUGCCCUUGAUUUAAUUGAAGAUGACGCUGAUCCUAACGUAGGAUUUGAUUCAGAUGAUGAACAACCUAAACCGAUAUACAAACUGGAAGACGCGCCAAAAUUGUUUAAACAAUUUAUUAAAGACUAUGAUAAGAAAUAUAAAAACGAAGAAGAUAAGUCGGAGCAUUACAAAACAUUUGUAAAUACCUUAAAGGAAAUAAAUAUGAUCAAUAGUAACAAAGAAUAUAGUUCAACAGUAGACAUAAACUUAUUUGCGGAUUUAUCGACAGAGGAACGUCAACAAUACUCUGGAGUUGCCGCCUUACUAGGACGCUAG